UGUCUUGUUCUGAUCUGGAGCCGGCGCCGCAGUCCUGGGCGUGUGAGCAUUCUGUGGAAGGCACCGUGCGGUCCCUGCCGAUCGCGCCGCUCCGAACCCCGCGGAGCCCUGCCGGUCGGCGCAAGCGCAGAGCCACCGCCCUCGUCGAGUCCGGCCCAGCCGUGUGUGCGGCCUGUGGCACGGCUGCCGUUAUCCACGGCGCCGCCCCCCCCCACCCAUCGCCCAGCGGCGCACCCCGCGGGCCGCGGCCGCGGGCGCGAUGCGCGCGCUCGUGGCCGUGAAGCGCGUGGUGGACUACGCCGUGAAGGUCCGGGUCAGAGCGGACAAGACCGCUGUCGAGCUGGAGAAUGUGAAGAUGUCCAUGAACCCGUUCUGCGAGAUCGCGGUCGAGGAGGGGCUCAGACUCAAGGCAGACACCGACCGCAUGCAGAAGGUGGUGCCCCAGGCCGCUCCGCAGGGAGCUCGUGCCGUGCCGGCGGGCCGCCUCUGGGAGGAGAAGGGCCACAUCUCGGAGCUGAUCGUGGUCUCGGCGGGGCCCGACAAGGCCGCGGAGACGCUGCGGCAGGCGCUGGCCAUGGGCGCGGACAGGGCCAUCCACCUGAAGACCCCGCUGCCGCUGCCAGGAGCUGCAACCGCUGGCCGUGGCCAAGCUGCUGCGGCAGGUCGUAGACAAGGAGCAGCCGAGCGUGGUCUUAUUAGGCAAGCAGGCCAAGCAUUCGCCGCUGCCCCUCUCCAAGCAUGCCUCGCGC